UUGUUUUGAACGCGGCAUAAUCUUUGAUUGCGGGUACAUGCACGUCAGAACAUCGUGUGAUGAGACGUCAUUACGUUUUAACAAUGUUUUUGCAAAGAUGGCGGUGGCUGAGUGAAUGGACGAAACAGCCCUUUUAGUUCGAACAUUUGAUUUAUUCCGUUUCUUAUCCAACAUAAUCUGAUUUAAAUAGUGUGUCUAAAAUUUCUUUACAAAUAUAUUCUUAUUAAACAAAUAACUAGAAUGGUAAUAUGACACAGAGCAAAAAGAAGAAACGGGCGAAUCGCAGUCUCCUGCUGGCGAAAAAAAUUAUUAUCAAGGAUGGAGGAACGGCACAAGGUUUCGGAGCUCCCAGCGUCUACCAUGCUGUAAUUGUCAUCUUUUUGGAAUUUUUUGCCUGGGGCCUUCUUACAGCACCCACUUUGGUGGUCCUACAUGAGACAUUCCCGAAGCAUACGUUUCUAAUGAAUGGCUUGAUCCAAGGGGUAAAGGGCCUGUUGUCUUUCCUGAGUGCUCCGCUGAUUGGUGCCCUGUCUGAUGUGUGGGGUCGGAAGUCUUUUCUCCUGCUUACUGUUUUCUUCACCUGCGCUCCCAUUCCACUGAUGAAGAUAAGCCCCUGGUGGUAUUUUGCAGUUAUCUCUGUGUCCGGUGUGUUUGCUGUAACCUUCUCCGUGGUCUUUGCCUAUGUGGCUGACAUAACGCAGGAGCAUGAACGCAGCAUGGCCUAUGGACUGGUGUCGGCCACCUUUGCUGCUAGCCUGGUGACGAGCCCGGCCAUCGGAGCCUACCUGGGCCGUGUGUAUGGUGACGGCCUGGUGGUGGUGCUGGCCUCAGCAAUCGCUAUGCUGGACAUCUGCUUCAUCCUGGUGGCCGUGCCCGAGUCUCUGCCCGAGAAGAUGCGGCCAGCAUCCUGGGGGGCUCCCAUCUCCUGGGAACAGGCCGACCCCUUUGCUUCUCUAAGGAAAGUGGGCCAGGAUUCCACUGUGCUGCUCAUCUGUAUAACAGUGUUCCUGUCCUACCUCCCCGAGGCUGGCCAGUACUCCAGCUUCUUUCUCUACUUACGACAGAUUAUGGGAUUUUCACCUGAAAGUGUUGCAGCUUUCAUAGCUGUUCUAGGACUGCUUUCAAUCGUUGCACAGACAGUAGUAUUAAGUUUACUCAUGCGUUCCAUCGGGAACAAGAACACUAUCUUGCUCGGCCUUGGGUUCCAGAUACUACAGCUCGCCUGGUAUGGGUUUGGCUCCGAGCCAUGGAUGAUGUGGGCAGCAGGGGCUCUAGCAGCCAUGUCAAGCAUCACUUUCCCAGCAAUUAGUGCUUUGGUUUCCCGCACUGCUGAACCAGACCAACAAGGAGUGGGCCAGGGGAUGGUGACAGGGAUCCGGGGGCUAUGUAACGGCCUGGGCCCUGCGCUCUAUGGCUUCAUCUUCUACAUCUUCCACGUGGAGCUGGAUGCGCCUCCAGAUGGCAACGGGGACACUCCGGUCCAUACUCAAGCCCACCUUCAGCUCCUCCCACAGAGUUCCAUCAUUCCUGGCCCGCCCUUCCUCUUCGGAGCAUGCUCAGUGCUACUAGCGCUCCUGGUGGCACUCUUCAUACCAGAGCAACCUCACCUAGGCCUCCGGCCCGGCAGCUGGAAGAAGCACAGCUCGCCCCACGGACACCCUCACAGCCUGCGGCUGCCCGGGGAGGCCAAAGAGCCCCUACUGCAGGACUCAAACGUGUAACACUGGCUACUUAGGCCAGAUGCCCUCCCUCUUCAGAAAGAGAGCUCUUUUAUAUAGGUAUAACAGACAGCAAUCUAAAAGCUAUAUUAAGAGUUACCACUAUAUAUGUAUACAUAGGAGUAUGUUUUUGAGAGAAAGUUCUAUCCAAAGGCACUAUUUGCAAUGGCUUAUAUUUAUUGAUUUUUGUUUUUUCCUUGAACUUUUACAACAACAAAAAUAUUCCCUGGACUGUUUUGAUGAUAUUGAACAGGGGCGUAGCUCACUCAGGGACGUACACCUGGUAAGGCGGGGCUGUUUCUGAACACAGUGUUCCACAAUCAGAAGAGGGCAUCUCUGUACAACAAAAGCAACCUAGAAAGAUGAGCAACCUAGAAAGAUAGAUGCAUCACAAAGACUGGUUAGUCCUCUAGAAUUGGGCCUUCAGCUUUAUGGAACGUGGUGUGAGAAAAUGACACUGCGGGGCCGAGUUGGAAAUUCAGGUGGCAUUUCCCCAGAUCUCAGCAUAAAAAGCCUUAAUCCACAUAACCAUGGAAUGUGAAAACGCAAUGGACUUGGAAUGGUACAGCUGAAUUUUUAAAGCACCUUUUAUUUUGAACCUCAUAUCAAACUGCUGCCUAUAUGAAUUCCUACUACCACUUCGUCAGACUGACUGGUGCCUUUCCUUGGCUUUGGGGGAGUGUGUUACUUUUUGACGGGACCACAAUGAGAUCUUGAAUCGCCCCCCCCCCCCGAUCGCUCUCUCUGAAAUCAUGGAAUGUGUGACAGAUUGGCUUGGUAUUUUUAGUCUUUUAUUCUCAUUUGUACGUGUACACGGCCAAGUCCCUGACAUGUAUGGAUCGUACAGUUACAGGAAAUGAUCAUACAAGAAGGGUUUGCCUUUUUUAAAUAUCUCGUCAGCCAACACGUUGCAUAGUUACGGAAUCCAUAGAUCCAUCUCCAGUGGCCUUCUAUAAACCAUUUCACUUGUACAAACAAUGCGCUCUUGUUUUAACUUGCUAAUUGACCAAAUACCAAAAGAAAGUACAUAUUGAAUCAUAAAAGUUGUGAAAUAUUAGUUGUGUGCUCUAGUUAUUUAUGAGUUGGUGUUAUGUAAAACAUUGCAAUUUCUUAAUACUGUAUGCUGUUUUCUUUUCCAUGUAUUGUAAUAUUGUUUUGCUGCCUUAUUUCAACCUUUUAAACAUUAAAUUGUUGACUGACCGUGUAAAUAUACAUUAAGUAUAGAACCAUGCAUUUCAAUAAAGUGGAAUAUUUUGAUGUA